AUGGCUUCCCCGAUUAAACGAAUCAUGAGCUUGCGGGAGUCGAGGAACUCGACAGUCUCUCCACAAUCAUCACCCUCGACCUCGGCUUCGCAGGCUAAUCGAAAGCCGAAAUUUUUGAAGAUUCUGAGAAGGCAAUCUUUUAACCAUGGGAGGAGAAAAAGCAAUGAUUCAAACAAUGAACAAGAAAGAAACGAAACCGAUGCACCGGCGAAGCCGGCCAAAACCUCAUCGCAAACACGCGAUUUGGAGACCUUUGAGCAAUAUUACAAAGAGCUCCGCAGUGCAGUUCAAUAUUUUAUUCUUGUUGUGGACAAGUUCAAAAGCAACAUGGAGAUCGUGAUGGCAAAGAUCCCUGAUAAUACUUCGAUCGUCCUGGAGUCAGUGAUUAACAUUGAUAAUAUGUUAGAUACAUGUCUUCGUUUGCAUUCCAACAACACAGAUCUGAUCCCGCACAGAAAGCUCGUUCACGAGCGCAUCGCGGAACUUGUCCGUUGGACAGAUCAGCUUUUAGUGCGGGGCAACGUGAAGGGAAAUCUCGAAGAGGGCGUCGAUUUUGUCAAAGCGCUCGAACAGAGUAUGAAAGAAUUUGUGGAUCUUGUUAUUCCACGACUUCGAAAGCGAGAGGUAAACGAUGAAAUCAGAAAUUCAAUUUUCAUGUUUGAAGGCAGUAGUGAAAGUAUCCAAGUUGGCGAAGAUGUAAAUUCUGAAAGCAGUAAUGGCCAAUGGUCCUCCAACAAAAGAGAUUCAGGUAUUAGCGAGGGAAGCCUCAGUGGAAUGGAUUCCUCUUCUAACAGGCCAUCACCCACUACUUCACGAGACUCGGGUCGUGGUUCCAUCAACUACAUCAUUGAUUCUGACUCACAUCAUCAUAAUGGCUAUUUAAGCCCUCCAGAACCACCAGUGAGGGGACGUCACUCUUACAGACGUACGGCAAGUUACCAAAACCAAAUCAAUAGAGCUAAAGACUCUGACUGGUCACUCAGUCAAGCAAGUGAUUCAUCCAGCUAUCGCUCUCUUCCUCAGUCCCCUGUUAGCUUCAAUGAUGAAUUCACUGGGCAUGCUUACCUUUCUGCUUCCAGCUCCACUGGAGAGGAAGGAUCUUUUUUCUCUGCAGAUGAAGGUGAUCAUAUGACACCUUUUGAAGAACCAGACAGUCCCAUUAUUCAAGCCUCAUUUCUAGGAUAUAUUGAAAACCAUGAAAUAUCCACACCUAAGAGGAAGGCAUUCCAAGUUUACAUUGAACUUGUUGGAAAUUACACCCAGCCUUCUGACGGCAUUCUUAAGCGGCCAUCAUCAGCAUAUGAAGGCUAUCAAGAAACUUUCAGGAAGAGCAUUACACAAAAUAAUUCUCCAAAUCACCACACUCCGACUGGACUAAAGAAAGACAUUUUUACUUUCCGAAAUGUUGCUGAUACUGAGCGAUCUCAUUCAUUGCCAAUACUUCAAAGUCCAACUAAAGUGCCUCCAAAUUUCACCCAAGACUUGAAUAGGAACAUACAGACAGAAAUGACCAGGAAGAAGCUGCUCCCACUUGAAGAGGAGCGAAAACGUAAACAGAGUAACACAAGCAGCAGUUCAAGUAGUUUAAGUGGUACAGAAGAUGAAGAUCACAAUACUCCAGCGCUUGACUGCUUGGAUGUUUCUAGAUUUCUUGUUUACCGUGAUGAUGAUGAUGGUACAACACUUAUCGGUGGAGCAAUAGAUGCCUUGAUAGUCCAUGCCAGUGGCUCCACCAAGAGAGACUUGGUUUAUUAUGAAGCUUUUCUUACCACAUACAGAACAUUCAUCUCUCCAAAGGAUCUGAUUAACAAACUUCUGUACAGGGAAAGAAGGUUUCGAGAAAAAGGCUGUAAGAAAGCUAGCCAAAAUGCUUUCUUCUUGCUUUUGAGGGUUGUCGACGAGCUCACAGGAAAAGUUGAGAGAACCAUUUUAGAACAGCUAAUGAAAGAAAUCUUUCGCCUUCUUGUGAAUGGACACAUUGUUCUCGGAAAGAUUCUGCGUGAAAAGAUGCUGCCUAAAUGUGAACAUUACUACAGAUCUCGUAGCCCUUCUUCAAUCAUUCACCCUGUCAUUCCAGAUCCAUCUCAGAACUACUCUGUCCUUGACUUCCAUGCUGAGGAGCUGGCCAAACAGCUUACUUUGAUGGAUGCAAAGAACUUCCACAACAUAGAGAUUCCUGAAAUACUUGCUUGGGGUAAAGAACAGAAGGAAGAACAUUCUCCAAACCUAUGCAUUUUCACUGAACAUUUCAACAAAGUUUCCUAUUGGUGCCGAACUCAUGUUCUGUCUUUUGAGAAACCGCGAGAUCGAGAAAUGGCUUACUUGAAGUUCCUAAAGAUCAUGAAGCACCUACGAAGGUUCAAUGACUUUAAUUCUUUCUUUGGAAUCCUCUCUGCUUUGGACUGUUCUGCAGUCAGACGAUUGAACUGGCCAAAGCAUUUGACAGAUGGCUUAGCUGAGUAUGCGACAUUGAUUGACAGCACGUCAUCAUUCAGAGCUUACCGUGAGGCCCUGGCUCUUGCAGAACCACCUUGCAUUCCUUAUCUUGGGCUUAUUCUUCAAGACGUCACUUUUGUUUACCAUGGCAAUGCAGAUGAGCUUCCUGACGGCAAGGUCAAUUUUGUGAAGAGGUGGCAGUUGUUUAAUAUUAUGGACAAUGUUCGCCGAUUUAAACUCAAUUCUUAUGACUUUGAGUGGAAUGAUCAAAUUGCGCAGUUGUUUGCCAGAAUGGACAAUUUCUUGUCAGAAGAGGACUUGUAUGACAGAUCACUGAGAUUAAAGCCCAGAGAGUAA